GAUGGAAGAAAAGAAGGUUUAUUUUGCUGUGUUUGUGAGACAAAGCAUAUAUGCAGGCAUGUUUCUUCUCUCCAAAGCUGCAUUUGAUGGUGGAAUGAGCAACUUUGUGUUUGUUUUCUAUAGGCAAGCCAUAGCCACACUCUUCAUAUUUCCUAUAGCUUUCUACUUUGAACGGAAAACUGCGCCGCCUCUUUCGUUCAAGACCUUCUGCAAGAUCUUCGUGCUUUAUUUAUUUGGGAUAACCAUAAGUCUAAAUCUUCAUGGGGUUGCUCUUAUCUAUACAUCAGCAAGUUUAGUGGCAGCAACUGUAAAUUGUAUUCCCGUUUUUACCUUCCUUUUCGCCCUUCUAUUCAGGGUGGAGGUAUUGAGGUUAAAGUCAAUGGCAGGAGUAGCAAAAGUUGGAGGAAUAGUUAUUUGUGUGGGUGGUGUAGUGAUGUUGGCAUUCUACAAAGGCCCUCAACUCACAUUCUUUAACAAUCAUCACCUCUUUCAUAUCCACAAUCAUCAUCAAUAUCCACUUCAUCAAAACAAUUGGAUUAAGGGUUGCUUCUUCAUGCUAGGUUUUAACGUCUUAUGGGCAUUGUCACUUGUUCUUCAGGCCUUUGUAUACGAAAGUUAUCCUUCAACACUUCUAUUCACUAGUCUUCAAUGUCUCGUAAGCUCAUUUCAGUCCUUCAUUAUUGCCAUUGCAAUGGAGAGAAACCUUGACCAAUGGAAAUUGGGUUGGGAUGUUAGACUUCUUACAGUAGCAUAUUGUCCCCACUCAACAAAAGUUCUAGAUCCACCAUUGACUAUGGCCGUCUAGUACUUUGUUAAAGCCAAGAACUUGCAGGAAGUAGAUUGAACCGAAAAGAUGGCACAAACAUCACAUUAUGUAAGAUUAUGUCGGAAUUAAGACGAACAUCACCAAUCAAUUCCAUAUUUAUGCGAGAAUGAUUAGGCAAAGAAAGAGUCAUUCCAGAUACCGUUUGUGGAGAAAUAAAAACUCUCGAGAAAAAGAGACAUGUGCAGACCCUCCUGAGUCGAUGACGCAACGAUUAGACGAACAUACAAAGGAUAACAUAUAGCAAGUACCUGCUACAUGAGAUGUGCCAGGGUCUGUAUCAGUAUUGAGUUUGGCAGUAGUCAUAUGAGACUGAAGUAAAGGCAAUAACUCCUGGCAUUGAUCCGUGGUGAGAGUAGGCAAGAGAAUUAGAAAUUCCCAAAUGUUAUCCACAGAUGCAACAUUAUGUUUAAUGGUCUUUAAUAGACCAACGAUAGCUGAGAUACAAGAAAUAAUUAGUUACCUAACUGUGUAACUAAUAAGUGUGUGUUCCGGGGAGUGAUUGUGAAAAAA